AUGAGCAAAUCGCUUGUUUUUGACCGAUCCAAUUUUUACAACAAGACAUUAGAUCAAUAUCCAAAUUUAUAUAGAGAAUUUAGUAGUGAAAAUUUUAAUUAUUAUGGUAUUACUGAUGAGACAUCAUACCCAUUAUGCAAGUUAAAGUAUGAUGAUGAGGAAAGCAUAGAGGGUACAUAUAAAGCUGAAUCUUAUUUUAUUAAAUGUGAACAGCAUGAAAUUGAAAUACUUAUACAAAAAUAUAAAAAAGAAACUGGGCAUAAGCCAUGGCAAUUAUCAAAAGUACAUGAAUCAGAAGUCAUAAAUUCUCCAGAAAACAAAGUAUCCGAUUUAUCUUUUCCCUCCUCUGGUGAGCAAUAUCAAGAAAAAGGGCCCAUCACUUUCGAAGCCAGAUCUGAUCUAGAAUUAAUUAUCAACUGUGAAGCUCACCAUGCCCUAUUUGCGAUGGAAAACAUGGGAAUUAUGGAUUAUAUGGCUCAUGGUACUGCGAAAAUGGGAAUCAGUUCUCUUAUGAUCCUGAAUUAG